AGCUUUAAGUGACUUCUCUGGGAUGGGCUCCCUCCACGUCAUCCCUCUUCUCUCUUUUUAUUUUUUUGAAUCCCAACUCGCCUCUUUCCUGCGUGGACGUGACACGCUCCUCGGCGCCAUUAGCAACUUUUCCCUCUCCUCUUUUCCCGCCAUCCCCACCGUUCCCGCCGCGUCCCCUAAUAUGGCGCGAAGACGCGGAGUCAUCUGAGGACUCGGGGCGGAAGAGGAGGCGAUGACGCGCUAAUACUGCUGCCGUCCAACAUGAUGUGGUCUCCUCUUGCUCUGUGUCAGGAUGAGUUCCAUCCGUUCAUCGAGGCUCUGCUGCCGCAAGUCCGCGCCUUCGCCUACACCUGGUUCAACCUGCAGGCCAGGAAGAGGAAGUACUUCAAGAAGCACGAGAAGAGGAUGACCAAAGAAGAGGAGAGAGCCGUCAAAGAAGAACUACUCGGGGAGAAGGCAGAGGUGAAACAAAAGUGGGCCAGUCGUCUCCUGGCCAAGCUGAGGAAGGACAUCAGACCUGAAUGCAGAGAAGACUUCGUCCUGUCCAUCACCGGCAAGAAAGCGGCGUGCUGCGUCCUGUCCAACCCUGACCAGAAAGGCAAAAUGAGACGCAUCGACUGCCUCCGACAAGCGGACAAGGUGUGGAGGCUGGACUUGGUGAUGGUGAUCCUGUUUAAAGGAAUCCCUCUGGAAAGCACGGACGGAGAGCGUCUGGUGAAGGGCGGCCAUUGCUCUAACCCGCUCCUCUGCGUGCAGCCUAGACACAUCUCCGUCUCCGUCAAGGAACUGGACCUCUACUUGGCCUACUAUGUGCACGAGAGAGAGGCGGAGCACAACAGCAGUCCUGGCCCUAGGGCCGUGUCUUCUGACCAGGAGGACAGUCGCACCGCCACCAUGGACGGUCCAGAGUUCCAGGACGCCUUCGUGACCUCGGGAGUGUUCAGCGUGACAGAACUGGUGCAGGUGUCCAGAACUCCGGUGGUCUCCGGCGUGGGACCCAGUUUCUCCAUGGGGGAGCUGCAGGGCCACCUGGCCUACGACCUCAACCAGUCUGUCCCCCAGCCCGUCAACGUGCGCCGCACUUUGGCCAGCACCUCGUCCAGCGGGAGUAAGCGCCAUAAGUCUGGCUCCAUGGAGGACGAGGUGGCCAGUCCAGGAGGUGAAUAUUACCACUCCCCCUCGUCUCCUGCCAGCAGCUCCAGAAACUGGACAGACGACAUGGAAGGAGGUGUGUCUCCUCCGCUGAAGAAGGCGGAGCUGGACAGUCCUUCAGCCCAGGAGGAUCCUCCCAGACUGGGCUCCUUCACGCAGCACCAUCGGCCGGUCAUCGCCGUGCACAGUGGUCUGUCGCGUCCUCACCCCUCGCCGUCGCUUCAUUUCCCGUCCUCGUCCUACUUCCCCCACGGAGCCAUCAGGUACCCUCCCCACCUGGGCCAGGACCCGCUCAAGGACCUGGUGUCGCUGGCCUGCGACCCCGCCCAUCAAAGCUCCGCCUCGGUGAGUGCCGAAGUGCUCAAUGGUUUCUUCCCCGGGAAAGUCCCACAACUCUUCUUGGUGUGUGUCUUGGACCCGCUGCAGCUGAACGGCAGCAACCAGAUGAAAGUGUCCAGCCACUACAUCUCCUCUCACAUGUUGGCCCCGCCCCCUUCGCCCUUGCCCAGGACCACCAUGUGUGCGGACUCCAAGACCCCCAGCACCUCCUCAGAAGGCGGCCCAAACUCCCCCACCUCGCCCACGUACUCGGCCCCCGGCACGCCCCCCUCCAGCCGUUCCUCCUUUGUCGGGGUAGCGCCUCGAGACCCCAGUGGACUCUACCAAGCUCAGUCUUGGUACCUGGGCAACUGACUCGUGCACAGUGACACACUCGUGCACAGUGACACACUCGUGCACAGUGACACACUCGUGCACAGUGACACACUCGUGCACAGUGACACACUACAUAAGACGCACCAGCAGCGAGCCACAUUGACUCCAAACGGCUCUCAACAUGGAUCCUGUGCUCGGUGGGCGUGAGAGGCGGAGCUUCACCAGGAUGGACGUCAAGCCUUUAACCCCGCCCCCCGCAGGUGCUGCUUAUUAUAUAUGCAAAUAAGCCUUGCUUCACCCUGUAAUGACUUCUAAUGAGGUAAGAGCUCUUCAUUAAAAGUUUCUUUGCACUUUUUUUUUUUUUUUUUUUGGGAAGAAAGCGAGGAGAGGAAAGUGUUACUUUCCUCCUGAGAGAGAGAGGAAGUUUUUGCUUUGGACUGACAAUCAUCACAUGGCUGGAAGCCUCAAGUUGCUCUGGAAAACUUUCGUUUUUUGUAACGCAAAAGACACCGGGCCACGCCCACUUCUUCAACGCCCACGCAUGAAGUGCAGGCCACGCCCACUUCUCCAGCGCCAUGCAUGACAGCAUUUAAAGCGACGGCCCGAGGUCAAGCGAGGACGUCUCUCAGGAGUCGUGGAUGUUUCCUCUGUGACCCGCCCCUCCAAGUCUGACUUGGAAGGCGGAGCUACGAGAUGGAAAAAGGCGGAGCUAAGACUUUUUUAAACAUUUUUUUUCUAACUUCAGCAAGGACGGCUGUGUUGUUAAGACUUGUAUUUUUGCACGAUUUGUCCUCCACCACAGUAUGUGCCUUGCCUUCCGCUCAGCAAGAGGAGGAGUGCAUUGUGGGAACGUAAAGAAGCUUUUCAUGGUACCGCUUCGAGAAAAAAAACAAAAAAAAAAAGCUGCAUGUGCGAUUGCUUGAUGCUAACUAGCUAGCAGGUACUCACUUUAAGUUGGCAGCAUCUUACUUAAAAAAAAAAGAUGUGUGCGUUUUUAGACAAUUGAAUCAUCACCGCCCCCCCCAAUCCAGAUUCAAUCCAAAUAUAACGAGUACAAAAUCGUAUUAGAGUCAGAAGUCCGUCCUGAACACUGCCCCCUGUGGUUUCCAGUGGUACUGCAAGACUUGGCGCAGAGAUAAGAGAGCUAAAGCCGAAGCUGAAGUAACGUUUAUGUCCUCGAAAGCAGGGGUCCCCAAACACCGGGCCGGGGCCGCACAGAGACAUGAAAUCAUUUAUAAUCGCCCGCAUUUUCUUUUUAUUUGAUUUAUUUAAAUUAUUCCUAUUAUAUUUUGACAUGUUAGCAUCCCAAAAGAUCAGAAUCAGUAUACCAUAUUUCCUUGAAUUGCCGCCGGGGCGCUAAUUAAUUUAAAACCUCUUCUCUCUACGGCGUUUUACCAAAGGUAUGCGGUAAAUUUAGGACUGCGCUAAAAAAUUUGAGUGUGAUGUAAGGAUACCAUCAUGAAAAGCACAUUUAAUAAAAAGAAACUUAUUAUGGUCUUACCUUUACUUAUAAAUGAAGUCCAUGCGCAGCUCCUUCUGAUCAAAAGCAUUGAUAACUUGUUUAUAGAAGUCUUCCUUAUCUUUCUUCAGUUUUAAAAGUCCCUCUGUCUCGAUGGAGAUCUUCCUUUAUUACUUCCUGCUUCGAUUGAAAGGGUGUAGCCAUAGCGCGCUCUCGUUUGGGUUGCUCCCGACGUGCAGACCGCUGCUAUCAGUUAGCACGGCUCCUCACGUGUGGUGCGGGCGACGACAGAAUUAUCCUCGGACAACUCCCCCUCCCGUUCUGCUCCGUGGGUGAUCUCUUUAUCCCACCGCUGCCACCAGGAAGUGUUAUUGUAUAAAUAAUACACUCGGUAUUUAGGACUGGAACAUGCUUUAUUUCAGCCCGGUUGUUUACAUAGCCAGCAUAAGAGUAGUGGUGUUACAUCCUAAAAGGUCCGUCGUGCACCCCCCGCGUCAUAUACAUUCCUAGCUCUUGUUGUCACUUCUUCUGCAGCCGAGUAGUCGCAAGAAGGAUCACUAGCGCCCUCUACCACCAGGAGGCAGGAGUCAUUUAAUGACUCAUAUUUGACAAACGCAGCUACGGUAUAUAAAUAAAACAUAGCUGCUUACUGUUCUUUUUAGCAUAUUCAAUAGUUUGGACCUUAAAUCCUACUGAAUAGCUAUUAAUCUUCUUCCCUAUAUGCGAUUUCAAAUGAUUGAAAUCAGCGUCUUCCAUUUUGAAAAUGAUGACAGGUGAAGUGUCACUCGUGACGUGACGAGUUUGACCCGGUGGAAAUUCUAGGCAUAUGCUAAUUAUUUGGCGAAACGAGUUUGACCCGGCGGAAAUUUUAGGCAAGCGCAUACUAUACACCCGGCGGCAAUUCAAGGAAAUACGGUAGUUUUUUAUUGCCAUUGUUUGAGAAGGAGUUCACAAACUAAGACUUUUUUUUGGUGCAAUCGCGCAACAUAAAAGACAUAUAACACAGAAUAGGAAUAAAUAUAUACAGACGUACUGCAUAUCGAACUAACUCCUUUUAAAAGGCAAUCAAUCGAUUUGAUCAAUUGAAGAAAAAAGCAAACAUUGAAUGUAAAAACGUCAGGCUUUAUAUGAAGUUUAGCACUUUUAAUGACAGGGACGUUCAACGCCACUCAAGUGAAGUGAAGUGAAUUAUAUUUAUAUAGCGCUUUUUCCUCUAGUGACUCAAAGCGCUUUACAUAGUGAAACCCAAUAUCUAAGUUACAUUUAAAGCAGUGUGGGUGGCACUGGGAGCAGGUGGGUAAAGUGUCUUGCCCAAGGACACAACGGCAGUGACUAGGAUGGCGGAAGCGGGAAUCGAACCUGCAACCUUCAAGUUGCUGGCACGGCUGCUCUACCAACCGAGCUAUACCGCCCUGUAUAGUCUGUCUGCCCGCCUGUGACGUCAUCGUUACACGGGACAGUGCACAUGGGUAAACAUGUGGAAUGUAAAGGUGCCGAAUCGUAGCCAAAAGCUAGAUUCCAUCUGCAGGUUGAAUACCUAAGAUCAGGGUGGAUCAGGAACAGAGUGGCCAUAGUAGAUAAUGUGCAUAAGGCAGAUGGAGAAGUGCUAAAUUGUUGCAUGUAAUAAUCGUUCUGAAGGUAGAAAAUACACUUCUCCUUUGGCCUCGUAAGUUAAAGUGCUGCUAUUAUUGCACAUCGUCCUACUACACAAGUAGUUAGCAAUAACACAAUUGGAGCAAAAAAAGCUAACAUUAGUGUAUCUACGUAUAAAAUAUGAAUACAUCACUUUUAUAAUGGAAAUAAACAUCUAUUUCUAGCUUUAUUAUAUACAUCCAUGCUCUUGUCCUUGAAUGUGAUAUAUCACCAAUAACUCAUCACAUACUAAAGCCAAAACAACUACUACUACUAGCAAAAAUGAGUACAAAACUAAAGUGUAUGGAGAGUUUUUUUGCAAAGAGAAAAGUCCAGGGGGCUCCCACUAAUUCAACGUUAUGCUGAAUUUUGUCAUGUAUUCAUAUUUCAUGCACUUAUUUGCUACGUGAAAGGCCGGACUGUGAAAAUAUUGCCUACAUUAAACCGGUCCCCGGUGCAAAAAAAGGUUGGGGACCCCUGCUCUAGAGGAGACAAGGGGUUGUAAUGCUGACUCCACACAGCAGGGGGCAGUGUGUGUGUGUGUGUGUUACUGGGGUCAGUCCAAGCCUACCUCACUUCCUGUCAACUCCUUUUAGGCCCGUUGUGUUCAUGGACGCCGUACUUUUAUAUUUUCUUACAUACGAAACAAACGCUAUUUAGGAGUACAGUAUUUUAUUUUGUAAACGUACACAAACCCAAACGGUUAAAUGACGUAGAAAUCCAUCUUUUUUACUACUUUAUUGACAUCAAUUCACAAUAUUGGCAGUUUCAAUGUCUCCUUUUGAUUAGUGCCUUUUUUUAAAUGUAUAUAUAUAUUUAAAAAACAAAUGACUCAAUUGGGGUGGUACAGGGGUUAGUGCAUGUGCCUCACAAUACGAGGGUUCUGGGUUCGAUCCUGAGCUCGGGAUCUUUCUGUGUGGAGUUUGCAUGUUCUCCCCGUGACUGCGUGGGUUCCUUCUGGGUACUCCGGCUUCCUCCCACCUCCAAAGACGUGCACCUGGGGAUAGGCCCCUCCCACCUCCAAAGACAUGCACCUGGGGAUAGGCCCCUCCCACCUCUACAGAAAUGCAUCUGGGGAUAGGCCCCUCCCACCUCCACAGACAUGCACCUGGGGAUAGGCCCCUCCCACCUCCAAAGACAUGCACCAGGGGAUAGACCGCUCCACAAACUCAGAUCUUGAUGAGACUUGGUACAAAUGAUGAUGAUCCCACCCCAAAGCGCAGGAUGGGUCUACAUAUAGGUGGGCGGAGCCUGACGGACAAAAAUGCCCCUCGCCAUCAACCAUCAAACUGUCAUGUAAGUUUGAUGGUUGAUGUUCACUUUAGAUGAUCGGAUCUCCUUCCAAACUGAUACGAGGCUUUUUGGUGGGGGUCUGAUCAUGACCAGUCGUUGAUAUCGGCACCAACAUCGCCACCUUGUGGUGGAAAAUGAUAACAGUCGUAACUUCCUUCCACGUGCUCCGAUCUUCCUGAAUUGUUUGAUGGUGGGUCGGGGUCGUUAGGAAGGACUUGACUACUGAUUCAUUUUUCAAAAGCCACCAGAAACUCCGUGGUAAAUAUUUCGAGACAGGAAGUGACGUAGUCUUCAGGCAUGCGACGGGGUGGAGAAAACUUUCGGCUAAUCUUAGCUCACGUUCAACGUCAGCCUUUGCUCUGAUUGGCCAUCCAGCUCUACUCCAGCACCAUGAUGGUGGUGGAAUGGAAGGUGUCUAAAAGGGCAGGACAGACUUUACUAGUUGGACUCGUGGCCGAGCCGUAGAGUGGUGGGGAUGAAGACGGGCCACGGUGGUACGUCCACUUGAAAGCCAACUCCUGGCAGGAGGAUAAACUUGAUGCACUGCAGAGAAGAAAAGGGACAGCUUGAAUGAAGACAGCACAGUACCAGACCAAAGCCACUUCCAAGAAGAAAUGAAUAUAUAACAUUAUGAUUGUCCAUUGAAAAUGGACUUUGCUUCCCUUAAAGGGCUUUUUGUCCCCUAAACCAAAGCUGACAUUAAUGAUCCGGUGAUGAUUGUUCCUGAUGUAACGUUUUCUUUGUUCUCAUGUCCGCUAUUUGCCGCUUCUAUAGCCCUCAACAAACCGCAGGACUGUCAGGUUCAAGCACCCAACUAUCUAUUAAACACAACAAGAAGCAAGGAGUCAGGCAGGGACAGAGUUCAAUUUUGCUCAUGAGGAGAAAGCAUGGAGCUGCACACUCAGUUGCAGUCUCACCCCACGCUCUGAGGUCUAUUUAUUCGGCGCAGGAGUUCCCUAGUUACAUCGCUGAGGCUGCUUCUAAAGGGGGGGGUCACACAUUAUGCGAGCAGCUCAGUACGCACAAUACAUGAUUAUUCAGAACAAAAUGUGCUGGGGGCCUUCUGAUUGCGCUUUGUCUCUGCCUGCUGUUGAUAUGCCUUAUUUUCCUUGAGGUGCUGGUUCGUCCUUGGCUGUUAGCAAGCUGAAAGACAGAAAACAUUUGCGGCGAGGCCACUCCUCACAUUGCAGUGGAAGAUAACAAGUUGUGUGCCUUUUCACCAGAAGAAAAAGUACAGCUUGAGCACAAUAGAUAAUAACUAGAGCAACGGCCUUGAAGCAUAAGAGUUGUGUGAUAAGUUGUAUAUCAUUAUUCUAACAAGGACCACAGCUUGUUUGGAAGCUUGACCAGGUCGCUGUUGACGGGCUACUUAAAGGUGUGCACUUCCCCAAGUGGAAGUGGAGGGAUUUCAAAACAGACGAGUGCCAACCUGACGUAGGUUGAACCAACACCUUCAUGACAAUUGUAUCCUGUUACUACAUAGCAAGUAUUUGGUUUUUGCACUUCCCCUGCUAUUACAUGCAUUUUACUAAGAAAACAAGUGCAAUAGCAUGGAAAACACGCUGGUCUGCCAGAGAAUAAGAAGACAGAGCAGGGCGGCGAUGCCACUGAGUGAGCAAUCACAACCUUUUAGAUCGGGGGUGUCCAAAAAUACAUACAUACAUAAAUACUGUUGCGUUUGGACCAGAUGUUCCUCCAAGGGAAUUUAUGUUGCUGGUCAAUCCCAAGUUCUUUUGAUGACACAUAAACUGAGUUUAAAUGAUCACCCAGAUCAGAAUAAGUAUUUUGCAAUUUAUUCCAAAGCUUUGGAGAGACCAACCUAAAAACAACACAUUCAAAUCGCAUCACCUGGUUGAUCUGAAAACCUUACGGACGUGUUGUCUUUUUCAAUAUGUCCCUCGCCCCCACCCUCCGGAACGAAUACACAUGUCUAUUGUCCUCCUUAGCUGGGAACAGGAUGAGAUAAGAAGGGAGUAUUGCUACUCCUCACAUUUCUAAAGCCAAAGUUAACUUGCAGUGUACCAUGGACAUGAGAUUAUAAAAUAGAAGGAGUACAAAUGGAAAAACACUAGCUAUUUCAAAUAUGACUAUAGAAAGAAAUAACUCUUAAAUAUGGAUAUAUGUAGAUAUCUAUCUCUGUCAAUACAUACAUAAAAAUAUGAGAAGUGGAAUAAGAGAGCAAACAGAAAUAUUGCAAUGUUGAGACUAAUAACCCAAAGCUUAUGAAUUAUUGACUUAUCCAAUUACUUCACAUCACUUUGAAGUAUUUUCAGUUUUUCUUAUAAAUAAAAUAACGUUUUCUCCGACAAAAAAGGCAUAAAAGAUGAGAAUUGACGGAUAGAUCAGGAGCAGUGGCUGUCAAAGUUCUCACAGCAAGAAAACACUCGGCUCUCACACUACCACCAUCAUGCAGUAGCAUAGUAGGCCUAACUAUUCAUUAAAAACAAGGCACGGGUUUUAUUUAACAAUAGUAAUUAACAUUUCAUCCAUUUAUAGAUAUUUAAAUGUUUAAAAAAAUAUAUUAUAAGACUUGUUUUUAGCACUUUAAUGACGGACACCCUUUUGGGUCCCUGGGACCUUUAGCAGUCUCCAAAAUGGAGUGGAGUCCUAAUGGUUACAAUAAAUAUUGUAUUUGUUUUGAAAAUGAAAAAUAUCUACUAAAAAUAAUGAAUCAAAAUCAAUGUUGUUAUGAAUUACUGACCUUUUUAAGACUCCAAUGACUUCACAUCAAAUGUUCCACUUUGAAUAUUUUUCUGACCAAAAAAAGCAGGGUUUUUGUUGACAAAAAGGGCAUGAAGGUUUUUUGUUUUUGUUUUUAAAUAAAAACUGUUAGUCUACCGAUAGUCAUGAAGUUAAGCUACAGAAUUUAAAAAAAUUAUAUGACUUGUUUUUAAGACUUUAAUGACUGAGACCCUUUUGGGUCCCUGAGACCUUUAACGGUCUCCAAAAUUGAGAGGAGCUCGAUAUUUACAAUAUGUAUUGUAUUUUUUUUUUAAAUUAAAAAUAUCUACCAAAAAAAAAAAAGAACCGAAAGCAAUGUCAAGCAUUAUUGACCUAUUUAAGACUCCAAUGACUUCACGUCAAAUAUUCCACUUUAAACUUUUUUUCCCCCAUAAAAAAGCACUUUCGUUAACAAGGGCAUAAAACACUUAUAUUCUUUAAUCUUUGUCACCGGAUAGAUCUGAAGUUGAUCUAUGGAUGAUUUAACGUUUAAAAAAAAUUAUUGUUACACUUGCUUUUAGCACUUUAAUAACAGAGACCCUUUGGGGUCCCUGAGACCUUUUACAGUCUCCAAAAUGGAGUGGAGCCCUAAUGGUUACAAUAAAUAUUGUAUUUUUUUUUGAAAAUGAAAAAUAUUUAAAAAAUACAAAAAUUAGCCAAAAGCAAUGUUAUGAAUUCCUGACCUACUUAAGACUCCAAUGACUUCACAACAAAUAUUCCACUUUGAAUAUUUUCCCCCCAUAAAAAAGAAGGGUUUUUGUUGACAAAAAGGGCAUAAAACAUAAAACAUUUUUUCAAAAUGAUGUCUAUGGAUAAAUCUUAAGUUGUUCUAUAGAUAUUUAAACAUGUAUAAAAAAUGUUUUGGCACUUUAAUGACCGAGACCCUUUUGGGUCCCUGGGACCUUUAUCAGUCUCCAAGACGUUGCGGAGCCCCAAUAUGUUGUACUAGUUUUGAAACUACAAAAUAAGAAAAUGUCUACUGAAUGCUUUAUUGUUAAAAAGUUUGGACACCCCUGCUUUGGAUUCUCUUGUUGGAAAAAAGAUCAAAUGAAAUAACUGGCGACUAAUAUCACUAAAGUUCUUUUGGAGCCUGACUUGAUUCUUCUUGAGGAGCACUAAUUGCUGUGGAUAUUUAAUAGCUAAGACUUGUUUGUUUAUAAAAAGACGCGAUCCAGGUCAUUUUCUAGCAUUUAACACAUUUGCUUAGCUUUUCCUGUUAUUUGUAAGAAUGCACCUUUAUGCAAAUGAGAUGACAUCACAGUCCGGUGGGAAAGUGCUGGCCAAACAUUCUAACAAAUCAGAGAGUUUUCACCAAACUUCCAUGGAUGAAGGAGGAAAAUGAACAAUGGCGUCUUCUUCUUCCAUGGCCAACAUGCAAGAAAGAGCGCCCCCGCUGGUUGCAGCCAGCAGUGCAGCGGUCCACGGUUACAAUACUCUUAUAAAUCUGUGCAAAGUUAUUUUUUGAAUCGGUGACGACCAACUUAACUCCGGCCGUUUCCAUGCUAUUAGCCAGUUAGCGUGCAAUGUUUUUUUUUUUCCUCUGUUUUUCUGGGAUUUGGUCGCAUUUUCCAACAAAAAAAUGUAACUCUUCUUCCCCAUUAUCUUUCCAACUUGAAUGUUUUUGCUUUUGUUUUCUGUUUUCAGUCCGGCGGCAUCAAAGACACUUUUGAUGCCAUCCAUUUCUUUCUUUUCAGACCGCAUGCUCACGUCCCAACACGAUCAAAGCGCGGUUUGUCGCAUGAAGCCGCGGUCCUUUUCACUGCUAAAGCGGCGAAAAAGCCGCCAAGUGUGCAUGCCGACAUGGGACGCUGACAAAAUGGAAAAAAGUUCCCAAGGGUGAAAAGGGCUGCAGCUUUUUUGUUUUUGUUUUUCAAUGAGCUAAAGUCAAUAAUCCACCUUUAUUUGCAUGAUGUGUAAGAACAGGAAGUGAUGUCAUGGCUUCCUGUUGUUGCCUGGUGUGCCAUUUAAACAUGUAUACACUCUCAUCCGGUCAUUGCUGACAAGUAUGAUUCCCUAUGCAAAAAUAAAGCAUAACAAGCUAUAUCACAA